GGGAGCCUGGGCGCUGCGUCGGUUGGUGCCCAGACGCUUCCGGUGGAGGAGCUGGUUGUCUCGGCGGACGAGGGCCUGGCCACUUUAGCUGUGUCGGCGUUGGGUGGGAGGCAGUUCGAGACCCACAUGAACCACUGGCGUCAUGUCCGCCGCGGCUGUCGGUGGGGACGUGUCUUUCCUGGACAUUCCUUCGCCAAAGGCAAGGACAGAAACCACAUUCCCGAAAGGUGGAAAAACUAUCUCCCAGUGGGACAACGGAUGCCUGGGACUCGUUUCAUUGCUUUCAAAGUUCCUUUGAAAAAGAGUUUUGAAGGUAAUCUUGCUCCAGAAGAAUGUUUUUCCCCUUUGGAUCUUUUUAACAAAGUCCGACAACAAAAUGAAGAACUUGGACUGAUUAUUGAUUUAACUUACACAGAACGCUAUUAUAAACCAGAGGAUUUACCAGAAACGAUUCCUUAUUUAAAAAUUUUUACAGUUGGUCAUAGGGUGCCUGAUGAUGACACUAUUUUAAAAUUCAAAUGUGCUGUUAAUGGGUUUUUGAGAGAAAAUAAAGAUAAUGACAAACUUAUUGGGGUCCACUGUACCCAUGGUUUAAACAGGACUGGCUAUCUCAUCUGCAGAUAUUUGAUUGAUGUAGAAGGCAUGAGGCCAGAUGAUGCAAUUGAAUUAUUCAAUAGGUGCCGGGGACAUUGCUUAGAAAGACAAAACUACAUUGAAGACCUUCAGAAUGGUCCUGUCAGAAAGUAUGGUGGUUCCGGUGUGUCCAGGUCAAGUGGUUUUGAAGAAUCAACACAAAUCCUGGAAUCAGUCAAUAAGUCUAUUAACCAAGGACCCCAAUAUAACCUGUAUCGGACCCAAGGUUACCCAGUGCCUUCCCGGCAUUUCCACUUAAACAGCCGAGAUUUGCAACAGUCAGUCAGAAAAUUUUCACAGAAUCAGAACAUUUACCAGAAAGGUCUUAUCCCCCCUCCUGGUCCCCCUGGAGAGGACUAUUCGCAGAGGAGAUAUUCUUGGAAGGUAAAACCAAGCACCAGUCAAGCAGCCAGGAAUAAAAGGUUACAGUAUCCUUACAGUUACUGCAGCAGUUGGGGAUGGACCCAGUGACACGAUCCUAUUCUAGAAAUCUAUGAGGAGACCGGAGCUAGACUGAAGACGGAUGGAAUGACUUUUAAGAGAUGAGGUCAAAUGAGGUUUAUUAUCUAUUUUUUUGCUCCCUUAUGCAUUCAAGCUUAUACUGAUAUUUACCUCUUUGCUGAUAAGUUUGCAGUAAUUGCAACAGUAAAGGAAAAAUAUGUUAUUCAAAUCUUAAAAUUUUUUAAGAAAGAUGAUAUUUUAGAAUUUUUAGAUACUUAAAAUUUCUAUUAAAGACAAUGUCUUUAAAACCUAGUCACUGUCUAUAAUUAAUUGUGAUUUUAUGUGAUCAGACAUCUCUUUCUUUGGCAGUCGAUUGUUCAAUAUUACCAGCUUUCUUUCACUGAAUUGUCAAAUAUGCCAUCUAAUACAGAAUAGAUAAACUUUUAGGGAUUGACUGUCAUGUGGGCAAGAGAGAUUGAGUGAUAAACCAGAAUGCUGGUUUAUUAAACAUUAUUGUGGGUAAUUUACCUGACAAAGUAAUUGUUACCAACUGGAUAGAACUAUUCAGAAAGCUUGAAAACUUUUAUAGAUUACAAAGAUUGCUUGAUAAACAGAAUAGGACAUGAUUGAAGCCUGGAUGUCUGGAAGACUUGCAUGGCUUUUUGUGUUGCUUCUACUGAACAUAACCUGCAGGGAACCUUCUCCACUUGCCUCUCACAAAGGAAUGAUGCCUUCACCUGGACUUUUUCUAAGUGGUCUCUUCUGCUGGCGUACCUCUGGAACACAUAGAUGGGUUAUCUAGGAGGAUAUUAUUUUUCAGUUGCAAAGGAAGCCAGAAACCUUUGCUUGCAUGAGGAAGUGUCUCACCAUCAGGACACACAGCAAGUCUCAGCAAGUAUUUGAUGAAUACUUGAGCAACUUGGCUCCAUUUUUUAAAGCCCCUGGUUUUGAGGAUAUGUGUCACAGGAUGUCAUAUUGCACAUGAUAGUUAAAUUCUCCAGUCUCCUUUAUAUUUGAAGAAGAAGGAUGUGAAACCUGACCUUAAGGAAGUGCUCUAUCUCACCUUCUCCCCUUGUCUGUAUCUAAUUAACUCAGUUUCAAGUUGCUACACUUUUUCUAAAUGAUUGCUCAUAAAGCUUUUGCCUGCCACAGUUAAUAGAGGCCCAAAAACUAUUAUGGAAUUGUUACCCUGGAUGCAUCAUGAAGGCUUACUUGGAAAGAUACUGAAGAAAGACAACUGGUGAGGUAUAAAAAGAACAAGUAGAGGCAGGUAUGGAGAGUCUAACUAGUCUAAAACUUUUAAACAGCCCUAUGACAAGCAGUUUCUAAGGAGGACAUAACCAGCAAAAGUGCACUGCCACCUUCAAAAAACCUUUCUUGACCCUAUGGUCCCCUCAGCCUCUUCCCUUUUUCAGUUAUCAACAUGACUUAUUAAAAACUAGUGUCCAUUUGA